UAAAUCCUUGUGUUGGCUUUUUGGUUCUUAUGUUGUGUUUUAUGCACUAUCAAUCAAUAUAUGCGAUGACAAGACAGCAACUCAAGAACUCAGGAAAACUCAUGAAAAAAUCAUGUAUGCCGAAGAACGAUGUCACAGAGGAACAAGUUGGCCAAAUAGAGCAAGGAAAAUUUAUAGAAGAAAGAAAUGUGAUGUGUUACGUUGCCUGCGUUUAUUCAAUGACUCAAGUGGUAAAAAACAAUAAAUUAAAUCACGAGGCCGUAAUAAAGCAAGUCGAUAUGAUGUUUCCGCCUGAUAUGAAAGAUGCGGUUAAGGCAGCUGCGGAAAACUGCAAGGAUAUAGGCAAGAAAUACAAAGACAUAUGCGAGGUUUCAUAUUGGACGGCCAAGUGUAUGUAUGAUUAUGAUCCGAAGAAUUUUAAAAUUAAGGAUCUUUUUAGAAUGUCUCAACUACAUAAUAUUGUUUUGUGUGUAUUACUUUUUACGAACAUCCACUUUUCACUGCAGAUGUCGAAGGAGCAAUUAAAGAAAACUAUGACGAUUAUGAAAAAUCAGUGCAUGCCGAAGAAUGGUGUUACUAAUGACGAAGUUGGUGAGAUUGACCAAGGUGUAUUUUUGGAAGAACAUAACGUUAUGUGUUAUAUUGCAUGCAUAUAUAAAAAUAUACAAGUGUUAAGAAACAACAGACUGGACAAGGAUUUGAUAACAAGGCAAAUUGAUAUCCUGUAUCCUGCAGAGAUAAAGGAGGCAGUUAAGAAAUCUGUUAGAAAGUGCAUACCUGUUCAGAAUUUAUAUGAAGAUACCUGUGAGGGAAUUUUCUACGCAGCAAGAUGUCUCUACGCAGAUGAUCCAUCGAAUUUUAUUUUUCCUUAAAAUUCUGAAAAACUUAGUAUAUAACACAGUGUACGCUCCUAAAUAUGU